CCCCCCCCCCCCCCCCCCCCCCCAGAACCCCCAUAUAAAAACGCACUAUCCCAAGGGUCCCCUUCUUCUCCCUUCAACAACAAGUCCCAAACCAGAAUUACAUGCUCCGCACAACUCAGCGUCGCAUCACACUCCUGCGGUCACAUCUCUACACAAACCACCGUUCAUACUCAACUACACAACAUAGCAAGAUGACUGCCGUCACACCUACCGCCACGUUCACCCUGAACAACGGACACACUAUUCCCGCUGUUGGGCUCGGGACUUGGCAAUCGAAGCCUGGAGAAGUUGGAGAGGCUGUUCUAGCUGCGAUUGAUGCGGGGUACACGCACAUCGAUGGUGCUUACGUCUACGGUAACGAGAAGGAAAUCGGCGAAGCGCUCAAGAAGGCCUUCACCUCCGGCAAGAUCAAGCGCGAGAACCUCUUCUACACCUCCAAGCUCUGGAACACCUUCCACCAGCCCUCCAAGGUCUCCGAAGCCAUCACCAAGACUCUCUCCGACCUCCAGCUCGACUACCUGGACCUGUACCUGAUCCACUGGCCCGUGUCCUUCCAACCGGGCAGCGACCUCUUCCCCAAGGACAAGGACGGCAAGGUGAUCACGGACCCCACCGACAUCGUCGACACAUGGAAGGAGUUGGAGAAAUUGGUGGACGCGGGCAAAGUGCGCUCGAUCGGUGUUUCCAACGCCGAUGUGGCCACCCUGAAGAAGGUGAUUGACAACGCCCGCAUCAAGCCCGUCAUCAACCAGGUCGAGCUGCACCCGUAUCUCCCCCAGCCCGCGCUGCUCGAGUACGCCAAGAAGGAGAACGUACUCCUCACCGCCUACUCCCCACUCGGAUCCGGUAAAGACCACUCCCCGUUGAAGGAGCAGGUCAUCGUCGACAUUGCCAAGAAGCACGGCAAGGACCCUGGGCAGAUCUUGCUCUCCUGGGCUGUGCAGCGUGGAACUGUCGUGAUUCCCAAGUCUGUCAAGGCGGAACGGAUUGCGAGCAACAGGAAGAUUGAGAAGUUGAGCGAGGAGGAGAUUGCCCAGAUUAAUGGGAUUAAGGAGCGUGUGAGGAUUGUGGACCCGAAGGAGUUCUGGGGGCUUGAUCUGUUCAAGGGUGACACUGCUGACAAGUAAAACGGUGGACAUCCCACUUCAUUUGUACAUUUUACUGUAGCUUAGCUUAUUUAUAGCUUACUACCGCAAUUUUGUGAACGAUUGUUCCUUUUUGAAUACACCACCACUCAUGUCGCUCUUCCCCCGAGAUGUCUUUUUCUGUAAGCCGUGCGUGGGGAAAAGGCCGUCUGGGAAUAAGUGAGGGAGACGGCGCUGUAUAUACCCCCCUGUCUUCUUAUGGUUAUCCGGGGCCACGGAUUUACCCCC